AGUGGGUUUGAACAAAAAACUGUCAACUGCCGCCCAGAAGGAACAGCAACGGCGCAGCGAGCAAAGGCCCCUUGUUUGUGGGAGGUUAAGAGAAAAUUUGUUUUAUUUGCACGUUUUCGUCCGUGUUUUGUCUGUCCAGUGUGUAUAUGUCUUCGGAGAGAUGAAACGUGCGCAACCCUCAUUUUUGAACGCGAUUGAAAGCAGUGUUGAUCGCCGCCGGCGUCCACGUCCUAUCAGUCGCGUACGGUUGGAAACAUUACUGGCUGAUGAUCGUCAAUCGUGUGUGUCUUUGCCCCAGGGAUCGUCCAGGAUGCCGUCCACAUCGGAGCUGGAAGAGCUGGCCGAGGAUCAGUACGAGGAGGACGGCGCUAACCUUGAGUCGCGGGAGGAGGAAACGGUCAAGGUGUGUCUGCGGCUGCGUCCCUGCACCAAGACCGGCGGACGCAUGGCGUUCAAAAUAAAGGAUAACGUGCUGAUAGCCCGCUGCCCGGGAGAGAGCCAAUCCACCGCCUCGCAAAAGCACUACACAUUUAGCAACGUGUUCGAGGAGAAUGUGUCCCAGGCGGAGGUUUACGACUGCUGCAUCCGGCCCACCAUUCGCCCAACGCUCGGUGAACCGGGCGCUACCUUUCUCACGUACGGCACGUCCGGAUCGGGCAAAACGUACACGCUACUGGGCAACGAAACCAAUCCCGGCAUCGUGCCGCGCUCGAUCGAGCAGAUCUACGAGGAGCUGUACGACAACAUCUCGACCGAGCCGAGCCUCAAGAUGGAGUGCAUGAAGCCGAUACCGCUGAGCGACGAGUCGGUGCUGGACGAGCUGCGCAAGCUGAGGCUGAUCAAGAGCCGGCUACAGGGAGGCGAAGAAAGCCGCACAGUCAUCAGCGAUACCAUCCAGCAGCAGCACCAGUUCGAGCCGCUGGACAUGGGCGACAAGCGGGUGUUCAUAUGGAUUUCGUUCGUCGAGAUCUACAACGAGAACGUGUACGAUCUGCUGAACGUGGAGGGCGAUUAUGGCAAGCGCAAAGCGAUGAAGGUGCUGUCGAACGAUGGCAACGCGUACAUCAAGGGACUGUCGACGCUGUACGCCGGGACGAAGGAGGACGCGUACGCCCUGCUGCAGUACGGGCUGCAGAGCGCGACGUACGGUGCGACGGACGUGAACAGUAACUCGAGCCGAUCGCACAGCAUCUUCACCGUCACCGUCAUCACGCACUCCAUGGCGACGCAGCGCAUCUCCCAGUCGGUGUACAAGUUUUGCGAUCUCGCCGGCUCGGAGCGGCUCAAGAAAACGGGCACCGUGGGCGACCGGUUGAAGGAGGCGCAAAAGAUCAACACCUCGCUGCUGGUGCUGGGCCGCUGUCUGGAGACGGUGCACAAGAAUCAGAAAACGAAGAAACUGCACGAGCUGGUGCCGGUUCGCGACUCGAAGCUCACCAUGAUCAUCCAAUCCGCCCUGCUGGGCAAGGAACCGAUGACGAUGAUUGUGAACGUCUACCCCACGGAGGAGUUUUACGACGAAAACCUGAACGUGCUGAACUUUUCGUCGAUCGCGAAGCAGAUCGUCAUUAGCAAGCAUCCGAAGAUUAUGAAGGCGCCUCACAGCACGCGCUACUCGUUCUUCCUUUCGCAAGCCAUCAGCAGCCCGUCCGCGAAGGUGGACACGCACCGGUUGCUGAUGGAAUACGAGAGCUUGAAGCUGGAAAAUGAUCGUUUGGUUGCGGAAGCCGAGCAAAAGUCGGCGGAAAUCGUGUGCCUGCAGAAGAAGCUGGCCAUACAGGAGUUUCAGCUGCGCAACGAGCUGACGGAUAAUUUUCAGCAGCAUUUUGCCAAGAUGGAAGAAUCGUACGAGACGCGCAUCCGGAGUGCUAAAGAGUUGGUCGUACUGCCCUACAAGCAUCAGCUGGCAUCGUUGGAGAAUAAGCUGAAAUCAAAAGAGCAAAUAAUUAUGGAGAUGGAAGACGAACAGGAUGACUAUGAGAAGAAACUGAAAGCUUACGAGGAAGAGCUCAGCAAGUACCGUCUGCAGCAAAGCCGCGUCCGACGACUGUCGGUGUAACGGUUGGCUAAAAACUUGCACAUUUGUUCGAAUCUUUCAUUUCAAAUACAUUAACAUUACUUUUAAAA